AUGGCGGAAGACCGCGCUCACGCCGACGCCGCCGCGGCCUCGGACGGCGAGCAGAACCCGCCCCCGGCCCCGCCCAACACGCCUAACUCCCCGAAGCCAGACGCGCCCGACCACCCGGAGCCGGACACGCCCGACUACCCGAAGUCGGAGCCGCAGCCGCAGCCGCAGCCGUCAAGUGACGGCGAAACCGCAGCCCCGGCCGCGCCCGCGGGCUCCGCCGAUCCGCGGGCGCCGCCGGGCGCGUACCCGAGCGGCGGCGACAGCGGCGAGGCAGACGGGGUGUUCCCGAUGGACCUGGACGAGGAAGAGGCGGCGUUCCUGACGGACCUGGACGCGCUGGAGGCGACGCUGUCGGCGUCGCGCACGCGCAGCGCGUACGCGAGCCUGUCGCUCUCGCCGACCACCGCCGCCUCCGGCCGUCAGCCGCGCGUCCCGGCCCCCUUUCCCGACUGGAUCGCCGCCGCCGACUUCGUCGAGGCCCACGCGCGCAUGCCCCGCGGCACGCGGUACUACCGCAGCAGCCGCUGCCGGAGCGAGAGCGAGGGCAAGGCCGACGAGGCCGGCCCGACAGGCGCGGACCCGCCGGUCUGA